AUGGACCCAGACAAGGUCACAGACGACGGAACCUAUGAUUUGAAGCCCCAUCGAUUGGGCUGGUACAGGAGGGAAAACCACGACUAUUACCGUUAUGCUGUGGACGAUGAUGGGAUUGUCCAGAAAAUCAUCGAUAUUCCCAAUGCUGAAGAGGUAAGCCCUCGAGUACGGGCAAAAACACCCCCACCCCAAAAAGGAGCCCUCAAACGAAGGGACGAAAGAACUUCUGGUCCAGGCUCCGUCGCAGCUGCCGAGGUGAGAGAAGCUACGCCCGUCACUUUCAAAUUUUCCGCAGCUGCCCCGAAAUACUUCUUGGACAAGUCGAAACGAACAAACUCCAUCGUUGGGGACACCUAUGGACCGACAAAGCUACAGACUGUUUCGUUUAGGUCGCAUACAAGCGAAGGGGAAACUGCUUGGUAUUACAGCCAAUCACCGGUUGACUUGGAUGUUCCUCUCCCCGAAACACCGAUUCCGAGAAUUCUAGGGACGAUAUACAUCCAUAGAAGUACCAAGGAUGGAGGGUAUCAGAUUUGGGUAUGGUUCAAUCGGGAUGGGAAGGGACUUGGAUGGCAGCCCGUGGACCUGAAUAAUGAACAGGUGGCGCAUCCCAAAAUUGCGGACCGGUCAUUGAAGUUGACUGCAACGGGUAAGCCAAGCUGGGUCCUCAAUAGCACUUUGACAACGUAUCGUUCGCGAAGCCUGAAGAGAUCCGGGUCACGUCCAGUCGAAGACUCAGGUAGUGUGAGUAGUGCGAAAUAG